AUGCUUGUUCUGUGCACAGCCCUAGCCGGGCUGCUGCUCCUGCUACCCCUGCUGGUGAACCUGCUUUUCCCCUACUGGUGGCAGGACCUGGUCGUAUCACUGUCCAUCGUCCACAAGGGAUACAGAUGUCUGCGCCGGCUCCAGCGCCGCCCUCCCCUCACCCUGCUCGAUACCUUCUUGGAGAAGGUGCAGAGCCACCCGGAGAAAGCCCUGCUGCUUUUCGGGGAGGAGGUCUACACCUACCGGGACAUAGACCGGCGCAGCAGCCAGGCGGCUCGGGUCCUGCGGGACGGCGUGGGGCUGCGGGAAGGGGACUCGGUGGCCGUCUUCCUGCUGAACGUCCCCGCCUACCUCUGGGUUUGGAUGGGGCUGGCGAAGAUCGGCUGCGCCAUGGCGUGCCUGAACAGCAACAUACGCGCCAAGUCCCUGCUGCAUUCGCUCGGUGCCUGCGGGGCCACGGUGCUGCUGACCACCCCAGACCUCAAAGCCGCUAUUGAAGACGUUCUGCCCAGCCUGCAACAGAAAGGGAUCCGGGUUUUCUACCUGAGCGCCGAGUCCCCCACCAGUGGCGUGGAGCCUCUCCAGGGCCAGAUAGAUGCCGCCUCCGAGGAGCCGAUCCCCAUCGCUUUCCGAGCCAAUGUCACCAGCAAAUCCACUGCACUCUACAUUUAUACCUCGGGCACCACAGGACUCCCGAAAGCUGCCAUCAUCACCCACUUGAAGCUGUGCAACAUGGUGACCAUGUUAUACAUAAGUGGCGUCAAAGCCGAGGACGUGAUCUACACCCCUCUGCCGCUGUACCAUUCGGCUGCACUGCUCGUUGGACUUGGAGGAUGCUUGGAGGUUGGAGCCACCUGCGUCUUGCGUCCCAAGUUCUCUGUCUCCCAAUUCUGGGAUGACUGCCGGCGAUACCACGUCUCUGUGAUCCAGUAUGUAGGGGAGGUGAUGCGCUAUCUGUGCAAUGCGCCCAAGAGGGAGAACGAACGAGAGCACAAAGUGCGGCUGGCUGUGGGUAACGGCCUGAGGGUGGAGGUCUGGAAGGAAUUCCUCCAGCGCUUUGGGCCCAUCUGCAUCUGCGAGUUCUACGGGGCCACAGAGGGGAACACUGGGUUCAUUAACUACACGGGGAAGAUUGGAGCGGUGGGAAGGGCCAACUUCAUCCAUAAGAUGCUCGCGCCCUUCAAGUUGAUCCGGUACAACGUGGAGCAGGAUGAACCCGUGCGAGAUGAGAGAGGGUGCUGCAUCCGAGUCCCCACCGGUGAGGCAGGGCUGCUGGUGGUGAAGAUAACGAAGAGCACCCCAUUCAACGGCUACGCGGGCGACCGCCAGAAGUCGGAGAAGAAGAUCCUGAGGAAUGUGAUGAAGAAAGGAGACCUCUACUUCAACAGCGGAGACCUCCUCAUGAUGGACCACGAGGGCUUCAUAUAUUUCCAGGACCGAGUGGGAGACACGUUCCGCUGGAAAGGAGAGAACGUUGCCACGACGGAGGUGGAGACGACGCUGGUGGCAGUGCAGUUCAUUCAGGAAGUCAACGUCUACGGGGUGCCGGUCCCAGGACACGAAGGCAAGAUUGGAAUGGCAGCAAUACGACUGAAGGAGGGGAUGGAUUUUGAUGGUGAAAAACUCUACACACACGCCAAGGAUUUCUUGCCAAACUACGCCAUUCCUCGCUUUGUCCGCCUGCAGGACGCUCUGGAGGUCACGGGGACGUUCAAGCAGUGCAAAGGGCAGCUGGUGAAGGAGGGGUUCAAUCCAGCUCUCAUCAAGGACCCCCUGUUCUUCCUGGAUGAAUCGGAGAAACGUUUUGUGCCCAUGAGCCCUCAGAUCUACAGCUCCAUCCUGGAAAUGAAACUGAAACUCUAAGAGUCUCGCUGCUGCCUUCUGUAACUAAUGUGUUAACGGUCCUGGCAAUGAAGCCAGGAUGCCCCCAAUUUGGGUUUCUCAGGCUCCAUCCAAGGAGGGGUAAUUGCCUCCAGUUCUGUUCUAAUCUGGUGAUAAUCUCGUGAUUUUGUAAUGAUGGCUUUGUGCAUGUUCUGCUCUCCGAGAAUCUUGCAGAAAACAUAGGGGUUUUUUUCGCAGGAGGAAGGGGAGGUUCUUUAAACGUGAAUUUCACCCUUGAAACGUCUCACCCUCUGUUGUAGCUCAUAUUGAACUCUGUGAUGUGGAAAAGAUUUGUGAUUAUAGAAGUGAGAAUUUUUUUUUUUGGUGGAUAGUAAAUCCCCCCCUCCCCCCAAAUGCAUUUUUCGGGGCCCUGAAACUAUUUGCAAAUUCCGGUCAAGCUCAUAGAAAGAUAGGGCAGGAAGGAACCUCAAGAGGUCAUCAAGUCCAGCCCUCCACGCUGAGGUAGGACCAAGUAACCCUAGAUCAUCCCUGAAAGUUGUUUGUCCAACCUGCUCUGAAAAACCUCCAAUGACAGGAAUUCUA